AUGUCGGUCUCUAACCGAUUAUGGGCUUAUAAGUGCAUUACUUAUUCAGCUCUUACAUUCUCAGUGGUCGCAAUGCUUUCUGUCUCUAUCUCUCUACCAAUCCUAUAUAACUAUGUUGCUCUGAUUCGCAACACGAUGGAUGUUGAGCUAGCUGGAUGUGAAGACUCCAGCAACAUAAUUUGGAAAGAGUUCGAAGAAACGCUCACGAUGCAGCUCAAUCGUACAAAACGUCAGUCAUAUGGCGCAGGAGACCAUCUGGGAGCUUCUGGUAUCAACAAGGAAGCAAGCUGCGAACCAACUUGUGUUCCUGGCCCUCCUGGACCUGCUGGUCUUCCCGGAAAACAUGGAAAGCCAGGAAAGCCUGGUGCACCAGGAAUGCCGGGAAUGCCUGCAGCAGUUGUCAACUCAGAGCCAUGUAAUCCAGUAACACCUCCACCUUGUCAACAGUGCCCAGUUGGUCCACCUGGACCUCCCGGAGAGACUGGAGCUGCCGGUGAUGCUGGUCCACCAGGACUUGCAGGACGACCAGGAAACGAAGGUAACCCAGGAGAAACUGGUGCUAAGGGAGCUCCAGGUCCCCCAGGAGAACCAGGACAAGGUGGAGUUCCUGGUGAACCGGGUACACCAGCUCCAAACGAAUCAGUUGUUCCUGGAGAACCUGGUCCCCCAGGAGAUCAAGGAGAAGUUGGACCAGCAGGACCACCCGGUCAACCAGGACCAGACGGAUCUCCAGGAAGCGCUGGUCCUAAAGGUCCAACUGGGCCAGACGGUGCUCCAGGAGCUGAUGGUGCUUCCGGAGAACGAGGUCCUUCUGGAGCAUCUGGUAAACCAGGAGAGAAAGGAAUUUGUCCUAAAUACUGUGCAAUGGAUGGAGGAGUGUUCUUCGAAGAUGGAACACGUAGAUAG